GCGCUCCGCCAUGUUAUCGAGGAAAUGCUGGAAUCCAUCAUUGCGUCCUGGCGAAGAUAGCGGCUACAGCCAGGUUUUCGAAACGCCCAGCUACCAUCACUAACAUCAAACCUCGAUCUUUUUAUUCGUCGCCUUUUAAAUUCCAUCGCCAGCGAAGCGGCUGGCUAAGGCGCUGCUAGUUUUUUUUCCUCUAUUGACCCGAAGGCCAAAGCGGCUGCCAUGGAUUUUUAAGGCAUAAUGCGGCACCUCUAAUGCAAUGGCAAUGCAUCGUGCAAGGCAAAAUCAACUGCGAGAUUCCAUCUUCGCAACUGCCAAGCAGUUGGGCUCCAGUACCGCCCGCGGUAUACCUGCGAGCCAACCGGUACCACUGCUUCUGGACCGAAGGAAGCUAACGCUAGCUAGCUAGGCGCCCCAGCUAACAUCAGCUGAUAAAGCGAUCGAUCCAUCGAUUCAUCUGAACGUACGUCAACAAUACCGAUCACCAUGAAACCUCAAGACAUAAUCACCGCGAAGACCAGUCUGUGGAUCUUCGGGUACGGGUCACUGGUGUGGAAGCCUGACUUCAAGUACAAGAGGAGCAAGGUCGGUUACAUUCAAGGUUACAAGAGACGUUUCUGGCACGGAGACAACUUCCAUCGUGGGAAUGAUGAGUUGCCCGGAAGAGUGGUGACGCUGAUCGAGGAUGAUGACGAGAGCACAUGGGGUGUGGCGUUUGAGGUGACCGGCUCUCAAGUCGAGGAGUCCCUCAAGUACCUAAACGUGCGCGAGACGGUCUGCGGCGGCUACGUCACCAAGAUGGUGGAUUUCUUCCCAGAGGGGGCAGGCCAGUCUCCGGUUCAGGCGCUCGUGUACAUCGCCACCGCUGACAACGCCCUCUACCUGGGGCCGGCCAGCCCGGAGGCCAUCGGCGCUCAGAUCGCGGUGUGCAGCGGGAAGACGGGCCACAACUUGGAGUACCUGCUCCGCCUGGCAGAGUUCAUGAGGCACAGCUGCCCACACGUGGAAGACCAUCACCUGUUCGCGAUAGAGGCGGCAGCAAUGGACACGGUGAUGUCCUAUCUGUUAGCAGCCCAGUAGCUCGUACCCUUUGUCUCACCGGCUUGUGAUGGAUGAAUGCACUACAUUUAAAACACUUCUCAAAUUUUAACCUGUUUCGCGUCUACGCUAGAAUCAUAACAUUCAGUGCAACUGAAUCCUUUUGAGUGCUACAGAUGUUAAACACCUCAUUGUUCACUGUAAAAAUCUGUGCAAUUUUAUUUUCACAAAGGUGCAUUAGCUGUUUUUAUUUCCAUGGUUCAGAUUCCGUCCAGCCCAUUCAGACCACUUGUUGCGGAAAUUAAACUUAUUUCCCAAAUGGCUGCUGUGAUGUAAUCUUCAAUCACUUUCCAUCCAGUGUAAAGACCAACAUCAAUAAAAUUCAAGAACUCUUAA